AUGCUCAAUUCCGAAAUCAACUCGUUGAAGUUCCAGUACCGCAUCACUAUCGGAACUACUAAGCCUGAUGGAGAAGUCAUCAAGAACUUUGCUUGCGAAUGUAUUCGACUCAUGGAGACCAGUUCUCAGAGCAAGUUGCGUUUAUCAGAUGCUUGCUAUCUGGCUGUUGCCGCACUCAUCCGACUCUACGAACUCGAGCAGGACAUCACGUAUCUCUUCCAAGCCGCAUAUCUCCUCGAGACCGGUCCAGUUACUGAAGAUGCACAUCCUGGCAAAGUCUUGCUCGUAUACCUUGAGACAGAACUCGGCCUUCAUUCUCUGGCUAUGAAACAAUAUGCCAGUCUGCGUGUUAGAGAGAUUCAGCAAGAGACUAUGGCCCAUUCUCUCCUGACAAGGGUAUCUGUCAACCACCCCUUCGCACUUGACCAAAGAGGUGAGGCAUCUGUCGAUCCCUACGAGAUUAUCGACACCGCCUUGGACAUGUUCUUUGCUACCGACAAGAAACUCGCACACUCUCAAUCAUCACUCAUGAAGCAGGGACAGUGCGAUUUGGUCUUCGAACUGCAAGAGUUACGCGACACUCUCGAGCACAGCUUCACCAGGCGCAUGCUCAUUCUUGAGCAAUGCAGAAUAGCUCGUCUGACAGACAACCCCUUCCAUCCUCGCACUCCAGACAUCCGCCCAAGUGUUCUAGAAUACUGGACCCAGGAUCUCAAAGACAGCAGAGAUUACGCUGAGACAUUCAACCUUGACGGUGUCGGAACCGAAAGCACGCCUGAGCGCAGGUUACAUAGUGGAGGCAAGAUCCCUAACAUCAACUGGAUCUCGCAAGCUAUCCUAAGCGAGGACGUCUGGGCUUUGCUUUCUAGCAGACCUACAGUUUGCUCUAAGCCAAGUAACGUGACAGAAGAAGAAGCCGCUGCAUUUGCAGAGGCAGGCAGCAAUGAGCUCACUCCAACAGAGAAGUCUUUUGUAAAGCCUUGGGCACAACUACUUCAAGCCACGAAGUCCCUUUUGGGCACUAAUGAGACCAAGCCCGAUGCUGGUCUGCUCGACCGUUUGGCCACGUCUAUCCAGCAGCUAUCCGUGACUGAGAUUCUCGGCACUCAAAAGGCGUCUGGUUUGCCUCCAUCAAGCUAUACACUGCAGCCUUAUUUCCUGCUACUCGACCUCAUCCGCAGUGCCGCCUUCUUCUGCAACGUCGCUACUGAGAUUGAAAAGAAGAAACGUCAAGGCAACCGCUUGCCACCCCAACCCGUCCAGCGCAUUCGUGAUGCUGUAACCAAGCAUUUUGCAGCUCUGCAAGCACUUGCACGUGAACAAAAGGCAAAGGUCGACGGUAGAGAUAUGGUACAAGCAUUACGCGAAGGAGCAACUGGUGAUGCUAUGGCCGAGGCUGAAUUCUUGAGCCAGGGAAUCAGAGCGUUCGCUACCAGGGCUGAAGCAAGUGCUUUGGAUGCUUGGGAGGGGGUUUUGAAGGUCAGGUUGGGGCUCAAAUAG